AUGAGUGGAGCCUAUAGUCAUCAACGUAUCAAGUUAUUUAACUGUUUGCACUCAAAAAUAAAUAAACCUAAUGGUGCCUUUAAAAUAUGUUACUCGACAAGUGAUAGUCAUCCUUCAAUAUGGACAACUGACAACACACAUUGUAUGAAUGCAGGAAUUCGUUGGCUUAAAAAUAUGCCAUUCAACUUGUAUCUUUUUCUGGACAUGCUCUACAUGGAAUAA